AUGUCAUUUGCAGGAAAACAAAUAGUUGGUCUCGUCACUGGUUUGGCAGUCCCUCCAAUAAUUACCAAGUUUAUUUUGCAUCCAGUCCUCGUGGAGUCCAAGUAUAACGAAGUGGAUUCUCUUAAACAUGAUCUCGACUAUUUGGGAUGGAAUGUCAGAUUGAGAGAGCAGGAGUACGGAGUUGCAUCUGAGGCCCUCUAUGUGCCCACUAGUUACUUUCAGGGUCGUUACUAG